UUUAAAAAUUGUUUCCAGACUCGCUGUUCACUGCCGCAGAAAUUGUUUCGAAAUGCUAAUCAGACUUGUGCUCUUGCAAGGAGUACCCAUAGUUGUGGAUCGUUUGUGUUUCUUAUAAACUACCUAGAUGUUUUCUUUUGCCAAUUUAAGUUACCUACGAUAUCAAUUUAUGGCGUGAUAAAUGCAUUUUUAUUGAUGGUGCACUUUAGUCUGCUGUUUAUGCUGACAAAAUACUUCUUUGUGCCGAAUUUAGUAACUCUCAUUGAAUUCGCACCCUUGACAAUGUUUGGCAUCACUUUUCUUAUCUUCGGGCCAAGUAUUUUUGUAUCUUAUUAUAACAGCGCCUGGAUGAUAUGUGAUCCUCAGAGAGGUAGCCUGAGUCCUUUGCAGUUUGCAAAAAUGGUGGGAGAUAUAUUAAGAUAUUUUGUGAUCGGACUUAUGGUUCUGAGUAUGCAAGGAUAUCGGGCUGAAGGAGCCACCCUUUGGUCCUGCAUGACCUUUAUAUUGACCGGCAUGGGAUACCUUUAUAUAGUAACCAAGAAAUCAUAUCAAAUCAAGCUCAUGGAUACGGACCUGAAUCUGAUUAAAUUCCGGGUAACUGUGUUCCUGUACACCUUUUCGUUAGUUUUGUUGGUAAUCGUGGUAGUGUCGCAUGCUACUUUUCAACGAAGUUUAGCAAAAGGUACCUCAAAACCAGAAAACUAUUUGGAUAUGGAUAGCGGCGAUGAGAUCCUGGGCAAAUACCAGAAGCAAAAAGUUUUUACCAGACGUCAACUUUGGCUAAAAACGGUCAAUGGAUAUGAUAAUAUGAAGGAUUCGCAUAUGGUCUAUAGGGUUUUAAUGGUACCCAUCUUUUUUGUUGUAUCUAAUUUUUUCCCGGUCAUAUCCAAAGACCGCUUUCUCAUUGGCUGGAACAAAUAUAUAAACUGCCUCUGUCUGAUCGUCCUGCCUCUUAUAUGUCUUCCCCAUGGCUUUAAAGCUGUCAGCUGGCUAAUAAUGCUCCUGGUUUGCUGGGCUCUCAGCACUCUGGCCUUCAUCUCCACUCACUCUCUAAGGCGACCCGAUAAUGUGUGGAUUUUUGCCCUCCUAGGAUUGAUCAUCAGCUCGGUGGCCAUGAAUUUGCUAAGUCGGGAGAUAGAGAAUGUAACCUGGCAGUAUAUCAGCAUCCAGUUUGAUGUGAAGCCGGAUGUGACGGCUUUGAUGUACUUUGGAUUAGGUGAGAUGUUCAGUGAGGCGGUAGUCGUGAGGUGCCUGCAGCAGCGGAAGAUGUGGGAUGCCACCUUCGGAGUCGUGAUGAGCAUAGUCACCUAUGCGAUAUUUCUGGCAUUUCCCCUUCUGUUCUACCAGGGAUGUUUCAAUUCCAGUUCCAGCAUUAUAACAACAGCUUCAACGGAGACUGGCAUUCAUUUCAUUUUUCUCAUCGUCUCCACAAGCUUGCUUCACAUUUCCAUGAGUGGCUAUGAAUUUCGCAUAUCUCUGUUCUACUACCUCUUAGUAUUGACGGUUAUUUAUGUAACCCUUCAAUGGAUGAUUCACUACGAUUGGAUGCUUUCACUGACCACUCUUCAUAAAUUAAAGCUUAUAAACAAAGGUUUUAUUUAAUCUAAGGAUUUAUAAAAAUCUAUCUGC